AUGGUAGCCAAACUCCCCAAAGGUGUCGGGGAACUUCCCGAAUGGUGGAUGGAAUUGUGCCCACACAACAUUUACGAGUCUCCCGAAGAAACCGCUCGCAUGCAAGCAGCUUACGAAGAAUCGCAGAUCUUUUCACGAGUUCCAGACAAUUUCAAGCAACAGUACGGUGGAGAUGCCUUUCCCGAUUGGAAUCCAGCGGAACAUGGACCCAUGGGAGAUGAAAUGACAAAGGAUUGGGAAAAGAAAGGAUACAAACGAGACCCGGCCAGCAACAAGUGGGUGGGUAAGGAUGGGCAGCCUUUGGUAGGACGUCAAUUUACCAUCAAGCCUCCAAAGGGGUAUGUGCCUGGUAAAAGUGGUGGUUCUGGAUUUGGUGGUGGUGGUGGUGGAUUGAAGUCUCCUUCUGGCGGCGGUGGUUACGCCAAUGAUAAAACGUCAUGGGAAAAGCCUGCUUGGACGACCAAGAAACUUCGAUCGACAGGGAAAUCACCGGCUGCCAAAACAACUCCUGCUGGCGGAGCUAAUAAAGCUCCAGGGAAAGUAGCCAAACCAAGUUGGAUGAAGUAA